AUGGAAUCUGGCCCGGCCAUCGAAUCGCAAAAAUCGUCCCCGCAGAGUGAUUCUCUCAACGACACCGAUAAGGAAGAUUUAGAGCUCAAACCUCAACAGUCAAACUCAUAUCAUCUUCCACUAUGGCGCAAAUGCCUCAUUCUCUUCACGGUCAGUUGGAUGACUCUCGCCGUCACUUUCUCCAGUACCUCGCUACUCCCCGCCACACCGGAGAUCGCGUCUGAUUUCUCCACAACCACGGAGAUUCUCAAUGUGACUAAUGCCGGCGUGCUAAUUGCCAUGGGGUUCUCGUCUUUCAUAUGGGGCCCGAUCAGUAAUAUCUUCGGCCGCCGAAAUGCCUAUAACGCGGCUAUCCUCGUGCUAUGCGGCUCUUCAGCUGGCACUGCCGCAGCGAUCAAUCUGCACAUGUUUAUUGGAAUGCGUUUGAUAGGCGGCUUUACUGGAACCUUCUUUAUGGUGGCUGGCCAGACCAUUUUGGCGGAUAUUUUCGAGCCGGUGGUGCGCGGAACAGCCGUGGGAGUCUUCAUGAUUGGAUCUGUCAGCGGACCAGCAAUUGGCCCGUGUAUCGGCGGCAUCAUUGUCACCUUCGCUCACUGGCGUGUCAUCUACUGGCUUCAGUUUGCCAUGACUUGCCUUGGCUUGAUUCUUUCUCUGCUCUUGGUGCCAGAACUUCGAACCCUGAAGUCUACCCACGGGCUCACCAAGCGUGAAAGACUUUCCGCUAUCUUGCACCUGUUUAACCCACUUCGCAUCUUCCGUCAAUUCAUAUACCCAAACGUACUUCUCUGUAAUCUAACUUGCGGCCUCCUCUCCACCUUCCAGUAUGGCCUCCUCACUUCUGCUCGUUCCAUCUUCAACCCACGGUUCCACUUGACCACACCUCUCGUCAGUGGCUUGUUCUAUCUUGCUCCAGGAAUUGGCUUUCUACUUGGCAGCGUAAUUGGCGGGAAGUUAUCCGACCGCGCUGUGAGACGAUGGAUCCGCAAACGCGACGGCGUGCGACUGCCUCAGGACAGACUCAACAGCGGGCUUGCUACGCUGUUUGGUGUUUUGCCAGCUGCAAUUCUCAUAUACGGCUGGUCCUUGCAGGAGAAAAAAGGGGGAAUGCCUCUGCCCAUUAUAAGUGCAUUCUUUUCCGGCGUAGGCCUCUUGGGUGCAUUUAAUGGAUUGAAUACAUAUUCUGCUGAGGUCAUGCCUCGUAUCCGUACCGAGGUCAUCAGUGGCAAGUAUGUCGUGCAAUAUAUCUUUGCUGCGGCUGCGUCGGCCGCUGUUGACCCUUUGAUUCACUCUAUCGGCGUGGGCUGGACAUUUACCAUCUGUGUCUUCUUCGCCAUAAUUAGUGGUUUCCUUGUCCUGAUUAUCACGAAAUGGGGCAUCGACAUGCAACGAUGGACCGAGGGGAAGCUUGGAAUCAGUCCAGCACAACCCUACGAUGGGACCGCUGAGUCAUCACUCAAUCAUCCAAUCAGCGGAUCCGUCAUUCUCGGCGACCUGGUAGGAUGCCGAGACGGGCAAUGGGCUAAAAUGGCACGAGGCACAGGGCUGAAAAGACGCUCUGUAUGGAACGAAGAGGAUUUUGAAAAUCCCAAAAGCCCAAGGAAAUUUGUCGCCUGUGAAAGAUGCCAUGCGCAUAAGAUCAAAUGCUCCGGCGACCUGCCGUGUAGCAAAUGCCGCGCUGUCGGAUGUGCAGACGAAUGCAAAUUUGCUACCCGAGAUCGGCAAGUGAAAGUGAGCGAGAACUACCUCGACCAGCUCCUAUCGGAAAACCGACGCCUGAAGGAGCAGUCGGCCACGGCGACCGAAGUAGCCGACUCGGUAAACCGGCCGUCUCGGCCAGCAGAAACCCUUCCGGACGCGGGCAGUACGAGUAUCCAGAACCCGUUGAUCGGCGAUCGGGCUUGGUUCCAACGCUAUGAUCCGUCUUUGCCGCCUAUCUAUAUCGGCGAGGCCGCUUGUUCGGCAUUUGCCACGCGAUUUCGUCGCUUCUUGACCGGAAACAAUGCAACCCCGCAUAUUCCACGAACACAAUAUGUUCGCGAGGAGAAGAUCGUGGCUGCAAAUGAAGCUGAUGUGCAGUGGCCCAGUCUUCACCAUGCUCGGCUGCUGGUCAGGAUUGCCAUCCAUCAGAUUGGUCAUAUAUAUCACCUGAUGAUGCGCAAAUCCACGAUGGAUAAGCUUGAAGAGAUCUAUCAGACGGCUGCUUUUGACUGUACCGCCAAUAAGUGCAAGUUUUUUGCACUGUUUGCUUUCGGAGAGGCGUAUUCUGUUCGCUCGGAGCUCACACCGGGAUCGAGAGUGCCGGGUACACCAUACUUUGCGAGGGCCAUGAGUCUCGCCCAGAUCCUACCGGAACGAACGAGUGUCACACACUUGGAGACCUUGUUGUUAUUGUCGCUAUUCUCGUAUUAUCUCAAUAGGCGCCAUUGUUCACAGGUUCUGGUUGGGCACGCAAUGCGAAUGGGGCUCACAAUUGGCUUAAACCACAACAUUCCAGAAUCCCAACUCAUUGACCCGGUCGAGAGGCAGCAUCGCAUUCAAAUUUGGUGGACGAUCUACAUCUUCGACCGCAUGUGGGGAUCGAAAAUGGGUCUUCCGAUGCAGAUUCAGGACGAAGAUAUUCACGUUGAUAUGCCGUCACCAGUUGCUCCCAAGCAGCUUCAUGACGAAGAGCUGUCUGAUACAGAGUUCAUGUCGGCCAAUAUCAAAUUGGCAAGGAUUGUGGGGGAGACAAUUACAAAGCUAUACAGCCGCCGAAAAUACCAGGAGACUUUUUUGCAACGAGUUCAAAAGCUGAUGAAGGCACUGAAGAACUGGGUUGAUACGCUGCCUGAAAGUCUGCGGUUGAACAUGGAGGAUAUAGAAUCGAGCAAGAAGCCAGUUCUUUCAUUGCACCUGGCCUUCAAUCAGUGUGUUAUUCUCGCUACACGACCAACUCUUCUCCAUCUCCUCAUGACCCUGAGUGAAGCCGGCGCCACAAGACCGAACCAACACACUGCUACUUCUGAUUCCGUCUCCCAGCCCGUUCUCACCCUCGGUGAGGCUUGUAUUCAUGCAGCCCGGCACUCACUCUCGAUGAUCCUGACCCGCUGGAUCAGUGGGUCUAUGCCCACAUUCGGCUACUUUCAUGCACAUUACCUAUUCUCCGCAGCUCUGAUUUUAGCAAUGUCAAGUUUCGUCCCAAUUGGCAACCCAAACGACAUGGGUGGUUUUGAUUCUGCCUUGGAUAUAUUACGCUCCAUGACUGAGAACGGCAACCUUGCUGCGGCCGAGUUCUACCAUAACCUCGAACAGGUCAAAGUCUGCCUGGAUGGCUACCGGGAUGGCCGCCGACCCCGCGCUGAUUUUGCUGUUGGCACUACAAAUCCCGCUUCUGUCAGCGGCCCUGGCCCGACUGGGGGGUUCUCCUCGGCAUUGACACCAGCCUCCGUAGCCGGUGUUCCAGGGACAAUAGCCCCUGCAAUACCCCUGAUCCCCGCGGAGAACGAACUGCUCGCUGGUCAGACCCAGACAGCCAACGAUGCCGAGGCGUACACGUAUACUCUUCCUGUCAGAGACACGAUCUGCGGGUAUACGACUGAGAUGGCCUUUUUGGAGCCGACUAUGCAAGAUUUCCUGGCACAGUCAGAUAUCGAUCUGGGACUGCUGCAUCCUGUCGACACAUUGUUGAACGAGGCAGAGAAUCUUUACACAUCGCAUGAGUUAUAG